CUUGCCCUCCUUUUUUCCCCUCACACCCAAAGGCAAUACUUGGUGUUGGUGCCCUUCGUGAUCCACACUGAAACGACGGAGAAAAUCUGUGUCCAGCUGAGCCACCUCAGUGAGCCCGUGACUCUGAAAAUCACAUUGGAAUAUGGAGGCCGAAACGAGAGCCUGAUCAGAGAUGCUCUGGUCACGACGCCGGACGAUUUCCAGUGCAUCCCGUUUAUGAUUUCCAGGUGGAGCAGCCCUACCAACUCUCCGGUGGUACUUCUCACAGUGUCCGUGAAGGGGGACACGUUGUCUUUCUGGAGCCGGAAGGAGGUGCUCGUGAAGAACUUGGACAGCCUAGUCUUUGUCCAGACCGACAAGCCCAUCUACAAGCCAGAACAGGAAGUUAAAUUCCGCAUUGUCUCGCUGGAUGAAGGCUUCCAUCCCUUGAAUGAGAAGUUUCCUUUGGUUUACAUCCAGGAUCCCAAGAGGAAUCGCUUGUUCCAGUGGCAAGAUGUGGAGUUGAAAGUAGGCCUCGUGCAGCUCUCUUUCCCUCUGGCGUCGGAGCCCAAACAAGGCACCUACAAAGUGGUGGUGAAGAAAUCCUCGGGGAGCAAUGUGGAGCAGACCUUUGAGGUGAAGGAAUAUGUGUUGCCUAAGUACGAGGUUCGGGUGAAAGCACCCAAGAUUAUAACCAUCCUGAAUGAACAAGUGGAAGUGACUGUCUGUGGCAUGUAUACGUAUGGGAAGCCUGUUCCUGGCCUGGUGAAGAUCCGGGUGUGCCGUCCGUAUUCUGGCUCUCGGAACCAAUGUUAUGGAAAAGAGUCAGAGGCUGUGUGUGAAGAAUUCAGUGGAGAGGCAGAUGGGCAAGGCUGUUUGACUCGAGUGGUGCAAACAAAGGUGUUCCAACUGAAGCGGUCAGGAUAUAACAUGAACCUCAACAUAGAGGGCACGAUUGCUGAAGAAGGCACAGGAAUGGAGUUGACAGGCUCAGCUUCCACAGAUAUUACUCAGACUCUCAGCACAGCUACGUUUGAAAAUGUGGACGCAUAUUACAAGACUGGGAUCCCAUAUCAGGGCCAGGUGAAGCUGGUAGAUGGUACCAGUCAGCCAAUUGCCAAUGAAACCAUCAGCAUCCGAGUAGGUAUGCUCAAGGAGACCAACUACACCACCAAUGACCAGGGACAAAUUCAGUUUUCCAUAGACACCACAAAUUUCACAGGCGAGGCUAUUGGCAUCCAGGCUAGAUAUAAAUCCGAACCGUAUUGUUACGACAGGAACUGGGUGACUCCCUCUCACCGGGAUGCUCACCACACCAUCAAUUCGUUCUACUCACCAAGCCUCAGCUUUCUCCAUAUCGAGUCUGUUUCUAAAACUUUGAACUGCGAACAAAGCCAGGCAGUCCGCGUGCAUUUUGUUCUGAAUCCGGAUGUCAUCAAAGAUGAGAAGAUUGUGUUCCACUAUUUGGUGAUGGCUAAAGGGAACAUUGUGCAUGAUGGGAUCUAUGAUCUGCCAGAGACAGAAAAAGAAGCAGCCAAAGGGGUGUUCGCUUUGGAUUUGGCCAUCAAUGUUCAUAUGGCUCCCAUGGCUCGCUUACUCGUGUACGCAAUUCUGCCCAGUGGAGAACUUCUGGCUCAUUCUGCAGAUUUCACAGUUGAAAAUUGCUUCUCAAACAAGGUGAAGCUGUGGUUCUCGGAUUCCGUGGGCCUGCCUGCCAGCAAAACUCAGCUCCACCUUGCAGCCUCUGAAGGUUCCUUGUGUGCCAUCCAUGUUGUGGAUAAGAGUGUCUACAUCCUGAAGCCCGAGGCUGAACUCUCUCCUCAGACGGUCUAUAACUUGCUGCCUCUAAAGAAACUUGAAGGUUAUAGUUAUGAGCGCUGGACGGUGGAAGAUCCGGACACCACCAAAUGCAUCCCCAGCAAAACAAUUGUUGUGGAUGGUAUCCGCUACCACCCUGAAGUUCACUUAUAUAACUCAGGGGAGUCCUAUAAAGUGUUUCAGCAAUUUGGCUUGAAAAUUUUUACAAACACCAAGAUCCACAAGCCCAGAAUUUGCCCCACAUACGUUCCACAGGCUGAAUUUUACACUGAAACUUCAAGCAGAAGUUAUCCAGCACCCGGUGUAGCAAGACGACCACCAUCUGCAAAAGCAAGACUUGCUUCUUCACACCAUUAUGAUGAUGACAUGGACCAUUUAGAGUCAGGGGGAAGUCCUCAACAAGUUAGACGCUUCUUUCCUGAGACGUGGUUAUGGGAUCUUUAUACAGUAGGACUAGGUGCUACCGAGACCUCCGUCCCCGUCACCAUUCCGGACACCAUCACAGAAUGGAAAGCAGGGGCUUUAUGCAUGUCAGCAGAGAAAGGCUUUGGCCUCGCCAGUCCCGUUACCCUCAACGCUUUCAAGCCUUUCUUCACUGAUACCACCUUGCCCUAUUCAGUGGUGCGGGGUGAAACAUUCCUUGUGAAAGUCACCGUCUUCACAUACUUACAGCAAUGCAUGCGGGUCAAAAUGGAUCUGGAGAAAUCCCCAGACUUUACAGCUUCCCCUGUGGAGAAAGAGGAGGAAUCGCAUUGCAUGUGUGCCAAUGGGAGGAAAACACUGUCCUGGAGGGUGACCCCCCUAUCUCUUGGUGAAAUAAAAUUCACAGCAAGUGCGGAAGCCUUGAGUUCAGACCAGCCAUGUGGGAACGAAAUAGUAGAGGUGCCCAAAACAGGACAAAAGGACACCGUGAUCAAAACACUUAUAGUUGAGCCUGAAGGAGUUGAGAAGGAAGUCGUCUUCAACCAUUUCCUCUGUGAUGCCAAAGAAUCACGCUCAGAACCUGUUUCUCUACAAUUACCAGAAAAUGUGGUGGAAGGAUCGGCAAGGGCCUCCUUCUGUUUGUUAGGUGACAUUAUGGGCAGCGCCAUACAGAAUUUGCAUCAGCUCCUCCGGAUGCCUUAUGGUUGCGGUGAGCAAAACAUGGCCCUUUUCGCUCCCAACAUCUACAUCUUGAACUACCUGAAUAAUACCGGACAGCUGACGGAGGACAUCAAGUCCAAGGCUAUUGGAUACCUCGUGGCUGGCUACCAGCGGCAACUGAAUUACAAGCACUCUGAUGGCUCCUACAGCACCUUCGGAGAGCGUCGUGGAGAGCCAGGAAAUGCCUGGCUGACAGCAUUUACGCUCAAGUCCAUGGCUCAGUCCAGGCACCACAUCUUUGUGGAGCAGAGUCACAUCAGUGAUGCUCAGGCCUGGCUGGCUCUCCGACAGAAGGAAAAUGGCUGCUUCCGGAGCAGUGGGACCCUCCUGAACAACGCCCUAAAGGGUGGGGUUGAUGAUGAGGUUAGCUUCACAGCUUACACCACCGUUGCUUUACUGGAGAUGCCACUACCUGUCACUCACUCGGUGGUGCGUAAUGCUUUGUUCUGCUUGGAGACGGCAGCGGAGUCAAAAGAGAUCAACACUUACACCCGCGCCUUGAUGGCGUACGCCUUUACGCUGGCCGGGAAAGAGGAGAAGCGAGAUGAGAUACUGCGCCUCCUCCGUGAAGUGGCUGUGGAAGAAGAUGGCUCCCUUCACUGGGAACGGUCUAAGAAACUGGAGGGGGAGAAGGAGGAUAUGCCAUCCUAUUACCAUCGCGCUCCAUCAGCGGAAGUGGAGAUGACGUCCUAUGCGCUCUUGGCUUACCUGGCCAAACGACCGGCACCGUCAGAGGAAGACUUGAAAACGGCCACCCAGAUUGUCCUCUGGCUGAUCAAGCAGCAGAACCCAACGGGAGGAUUCUCUUCAACUCAGGAUACUGUGGUGGCUCUGCAGGCCUUCUCCCUCUUCGGCGCUUUGACCUAUGUCAAGAACAGCAAAGGCGUGCAAGUGACCCUGAAGGCUGGGGAGAACGACCUGAAACAGUUCCAGGUGGAGAUAGACAACCGCCUCCUGCUUCAGUGCCAAGCCGUGCCCAAUGUGCCAGGAGACUAUCGCAUUGAAGUGGCAGGGGAAGGUUGCGUCUUUGCUCAGACCACCUUGAAGUACAACGUGCAGCCACGCCAGGAGGAUGCACCUUUCAUACUGGAUGUCCACACAGUACCCGAGACCUGCACCGGACCCAAGGCCAACAAAGUCUUUGACCUCGCGAUCAAUGUCAGCUACACUGGCAAGCGCCCAGUUUCUAACAUGGCCAUCAUCGACGUCAAGAUGCUUUCAGGAUAUAUCCCAUCGAAACCGUCCGUGAGAAAGAUGGAAAAUCAUCACCUGGUGCAGCGAACAGAAAUCAGCAGCAGUCACGUCCUGAUUUAUUUAGAGAAGGUGACCAAUGCAACCCAGAGCUACACAUUCACAGUUGAGCAGGAUGUGCCUGUCCAAGGCCUGAAGCCAGCCUUGGUGAAAAUCUACGAUUACUACGAAACAGAUGAAUUUGCCCUGGCAGAGUUCAACGCUCCCUGCAAUGAAGAUGAUACAAAACAUGGGAAAGCAUAAAACACAAAAAGCACAUCCAGCUCACCAUUCCCUCUCUUUCUUCCACCAGACAACAAUGAAUUAUAGCACAAAAGAAACUGAAGAAACUUUUUAAAUAGACAGACUCAAUAAAACCUUGUCUGCUUCAAUCAUG